GCACUUAAGAAUGAACAUUGAAGACAAGCUGGGAGGAUUAUUUCUUAAAUGUGGUGGCCUAGACCCAAUGCAGUCGUCCAGGGCUAUGGUAGGGAUGGGAGCCGUAUCGGAGCAGUCCGGCGUGUCGGCGGAGCGGCCGGAGGCGGCGCUGCAGGAGCGGAGCUUGGCGCACCAGGACAUCCUGGCCACCGACGAGGUCUUGCAGGAGAGCGACCUCCGGCAGCAGGAGAUGAUCUCCCACGAUGAACUCAUGGUCCACGAGGAGACGGUAAAGAACGAUGAUGACAUGGACGCCCAGGAGAGGCUCCCUCAAGGGCUGCAGUACGCUGUUAAUGUCCCUAUCAGUGUAAAGCAAGAGAUUACCUUUACUGAUGCAUCUGAACAACAGAAACGAGACAAAAAACAAAUACGAGAGCCAGUAGAUUUGCAGAAAAAGAAGAAAAGAAAACAGCGUUCACCAGCAAAAAUCCUUACAAUAAAUGAGGACGGAUCACUUGGUCUGAAAACCCACAAAUCUCAUGUUUGUGAGCAUUGCAAUGCUGCCUUUAGAACCAACUACCAUUUACAGAGACAUGUCUUCAUUCAUACAGGUGAAAAACCAUUUCAGUGCAGUCAGUGCGACAUGCGUUUCAUUCAGAAGUACCUGCUACAGAGGCAUGAGAAGAUUCAUACUGGGGAGAAGCCAUUUCGUUGUGAUGAAUGUGGUAUGAGGUUUAUUCAGAAGUAUCACAUGGAAAGGCACAAAAGAACUCACAGUGGAGAGAAGCCUUACCAGUGCGAAUAUUGUUUGCAGUAUUUCUCCAGGACUGAUCGUGUGCUGAAACAUAAACGUAUGUGCCAUGAGAACCGUGACAAGAAACCAAACAGAAGUGCCACCAAAGUUGGCUUUUUGCCAUCAGAGGAAGAUUCUGGUUUCUCUACGCCUAUGAAAGACAGCUCCUUGCCAAAGAAGAAAAGGCAGAAAUCAGAGAAAACAAAAUCUGUGGAUAAGGAAAGCACAGAUAAGUCGGAACAGAAGAAGGACAAAAAUGACUACUUGCCUUUGUACUCUGCUAGUACUAAAGUAAAAGAUGAAUAUAUGGUAGCGGAAUAUGCYGUUGAGAUGCCACAUUCUUCUGUCAGUGGGUCGCACUUAGAGGAAGCAAAUUCUGGAGAAAUACACCCACCUAAGCUGGUCCUCAAAAAAGUUAACAGCAAGAGGAGUCUGAAACAGCCACUCGAGCAAAGUCAAACCAUUUCACCRUUAUCUACAUAUGAAGACAGCAAGGUUUCAAAAUAUGCGUUUGAUCUUGUGGAUAAACAAGGUUUACUGGACUCUGAAGGUAAUGCUGACAUCGAUCAAGUGGAUACGUUACAGGAAGGGCCCAGUAAACCGGUACACAGCAGCACUAAUUAUGAUGAUGCAAUGCAGUUUUUAAAGAAAAAGAGGUAUCUACAAGCAGCUAGUAACAAUAGUAGAGAAUAUGCCUUGAAUGUAAGUACCAUAGCAUCUCAGCCUUCAGUAACACAGGCAGCUGUGGCAAGUGUCAUUGAUGAAACUGCCACCGCAUCGAUAUUGGACACACAGGCAUUGAAUGUGGAGAUUAAAGGUAACCAUGACAAAAAUGUCAUUCCAGAUGAGGUACUGCAAACGCUGUUGGAUCAUUAUUCACACAAGGCUAAUGGACAACAUGAAAUAUCUUUCAGUGUGGCUGACACUGAGGUGACCUCCAGUAUAUCAAUCAAUUCUUCUGAAGUAUCUGAGGUCACCCAGUCUGAGACAGUUGGAACAAGCUCUCAAGCUUCCUCCUCAGAUAAAGCUAGUAUGUUACAAGAAUAUUCCAAGUUUUUACAACAAGCUUUGGACAGAACUAGCCAAAAUGAUGCCUAUUUGAACAACCCAAGCCUUAAUUUUGUGACAGAUAACCAGACUCUUACAACGCAGCCAGCAUUUCCUUCCAUAGAGAAACAGGUCUACACAUCCAUACCGGUCAACAGCUUUCGAUCGGGAAUGAACUCUCCGUUAAGAACAACUCCGGACAAGUCGCAUUUUGGACUAAUGGUUGGUGAAUCCCAGCACCCCUUCCCCUUUUCAGGUGACGAGGCAAAUCAUUCUUCCUCUUCCUCCACACAGGACUUUUUGGAUCAAGUAACUUCUCAGAAGAAGGCAGAGGCCCAGCCUGUUCACCAAGCAUAUCAGAUUAGCUCCUUUGAGCAGCCCUUCAGAGCUCAGUACCAUGGGGCAAGAGCUGGAAUAUCAUCUCAGUUUAGCACUGCCAAUGGACAGGUGAACCUCCGGGGACCAGGGACAAGUGCUGAAUUCCCAGAAUUUCCCUUGGUGAAUGUAAAUGACAGUAGAGCUGGGAUGACUUCUUCACCCGAUGCCACAACAGGCCAGACUUUUGGCUAAGAAAUCUUUGUAAAUAAUACUGGCACUUUAGAACACAUUUGUCAAAACGGGGUUGCUCUAUAUAAGAUGGAGUUCUGUACAGCUUUUAAGAGCGAUAUGUUAAAACAAAAGUAAGCUGAUAUUAGCAAGACCAAUAACUGCUUUUUUUUUUUUUUUUUUUUUUUUUUUUUGUUAGUCACCAUCACUGCCUGAUGUUGUUGCCCCUAUCAAAGGCAGGUUAUUAUUCACUUGUUUGAAUACAGAAACUAUUUGACCCUCAAUGAGAUUUAAAAUAAACAAAACGCCCCAGGUAAGAUUUCCCCCCCAUGAUUGUUUCCUAACUGGUUUCCUUGUAUGCUUUGGGAGGACAGUUAUUGUCUGAUAUUCACAUUGUCAUUUCUGAGCUUGUCAGCAUACUCAUUGCUCUUCAGCAGGGAAUCAACACAUACUAAACAGACAGAAUAAACUCUAAGUUUCAAGGUCAAGCAAUUAUAGCUUUAAAAGAUGGCAUUUUCUAGCAGAAGAUCCUUUCUUCCAGCUUCGUCAAAAAUAAUUUUAGACCAUUUGCCCUUUAUUUUCGCUUUGCAUUACAUUGAGUUGUGUUUGGAGGAAAAAAAUAAAUUCUGAUAGACUAACUCUACUAUUUAAAAGCCUAAUUAAUUUAAAAUAUUUUAAACACUUUUUUUUAGCAAAAUAUCUAACUGCUAAUGCCUUUACUUCAUUCCUGAAGUAAUGUGUAUUUCUUUGUACAGCUGAAUCUAGAUGUAACUUUUUAAUGACUUUUUUCAUAUGCAGAUAUCAAGAUUUUGAAGUUUUAGUUGAAAUACUCUGUAGAUGACAUUCCCAGUUACAUAAUGCUUACACAAACUGUGUAUUCCAAGAUUAAAAGCUUAAUUGUACCUUACCCUUCAUAUUCAUAAUGAUUAACAUAGAGCACUUAGUCUAUUUGAUAGUUUUUGAUUUCUCAAAAAAUAAAGCUAUUUUAGAUUUUUAGGUUUGAUAUGCUUUCAUCAUUGUCAUCUCGUACAGCUCCAGUUGUUUUAAUAUAAAUUGAGAUUGGAUAUUCUUAGCUUCUGUAAAAAAAAGUCUUAAUUCUCUGUCUAAAAUUUUGGCAAUUCAAAUAAUGAAAUUUACUGAAGUACCCCAGAAAGUUGAAGAAGUGGGCAUUCAAACUGCAUAUCUUUUUAAUGUUUUCGUAGAAAAAUUCACUGCAAUUUUACCAACCAAAACUGAUGAGUAAUACUAGUGAACGGAAUUUCUUUUUGAGCGUAGCUGAGUGAUCAGAAGCUUUCAUUGCAUUUCACCAUAUAAAUAAACAACAAACUUUAUCCCUGUACCAUGAAUAUGUUUUUUUGAAUAGUACUUUGUCUUGAAGUAUACGGUAUGGUACGAUAAGUAGUUCUGUGUGCAUUUUUAAGGUUGUAAGAUUUGAGUAGCAUAACUAUUGUGUAGUUUAAGUUAACAAUUUACAGAUUUUUGAACUGUAUGUUCUCUUGCACCUUCCCUAAAGGGACACUGUCUGGUAGUUUAAGGCAGUUUAAGCCUAACAUAGGCUGAUUAACCAGGGAAACACACGCACAGACACACAUAUAUAUGUGUAUAUAUGUAAUUUUUUUUUAAUAGGGAUGCAUAAAUCCUUUUAGAGCACUAUUGCUACCUGAUAUCUCUCAAAUGAAGCCAUCAGUAGAAAAAUCUGCGUCUCAAGAGGUGAAAAUACAUUCUGUCUUUUAAUAGGACUUGAGUGGGACACACAACCCUCCCCACCUCUGCCCAAAGUAGCAGCAAUAUUUUCCCUAGGUUUCAYUGUCAGGACCUGGUCUCUCUGAACCCUCUGUCUUUUCCAGCGUGGGAUGGCUGAGGAGCCUGCACCAGUUGCCCUUGCACAGUUGAGGAAGAAGCAUGUGUCAACUUCUUCCUUAAUACUUUUCUGUAAGGAAACAGAUGCUGUUUGAUUCAUGGAUGGUGUACAGCUGGUAUGUGAUAUAGGAAGGUGUUUCUGCAUGCUAUUGCUUACCAGUUAUUUGGUCAGGAGAUUUGUCGGUGAGUCAAGAAGAAGGGAGAAUAGUAUAUUCCCUUUGGAUUUUUAAUGAUUCAUGUAAGGAAAUUUCUUUGAAAGUGUAUUUUAAAUUGGAUUCAUGUGUAUUUGGUUUUCUUUAUGAUCACUUUUCUUUUUUUUUUGAUCUUGCAUCCUUCCUUGCACAGAUACAAUAAAUAUGGCCCCUGUAUCCCAGGAAGCCACCUCUUGUAAAGCAUCUCUCAUUUUCAUCCUUCAUCCCCAGGAGAUCCAAGCUUUUGCUUCCUGAAUAACAUUGUGUUGCCACCUUGGUCCUAGUGUCCUGCCUGUGCAAAUAGAUGGUCAGUGAUAGCACUAUUUGUUAAAUACGACAAGCAGCAAAAGCAGAACGAAAGCAAAAAACAAAGGCAAAGAAGAAAAGACAAAGUAAGUUAGAGCUGCUCACGCCAUCCAGGUKGUGUUUAUGGAUAAUCCGGGCUUGCCUGUAUGGAGGAGGUAUUAACCAAAUACCCUGCUGUCAUUUCCUCAGUGCAUACCCUUUUAUUCAGGAAUAAGCCUGUAUGUGGAUUUGGGAAAGUCUCUCCAUAUAAAAAAAAAAUUGCUUUUUUAACGAUGACCUUAUUUUCGAACAUUUUCCACUGCUCCCAUUUCGCUGCUUUUACCCCGCUGUGGCUGCGCACCCUUCCCGUGGGUCUGGUCAGUGUGGGUUUGGGUUAGAUUUCCAUUAUCYCGAGAGAGGUGGAAAGAAAGAGGCUUUGGAUUUCCAUCCAUCACUCGUGUUCGGUCAGCACAGGUUUGGG